CAAUCAGAAGGCGCUGAAACUGAGAGUAUCCAUUGGGCCGGUGGAGCGGCUCCAGUUGAUUCGGUGUCCCAGGCAAGGCUCCCGGGACUGGGGGAGAAAAUGACAGGGAGGUCGGGACCGUCGGUGCCUCAUGUCUUUUCUUACGAGAGCCUGGUGCACGCUGUGGCCGGGGCUGCGGGAGGUGUAACAGCGAUGACUGUAUUCUACCCAUUGGACACAGCCCGCCUGAGACUUCAAGUGGACGAGAGGAUGAAGUCGAGUCCUACCCCUGUCGUCCUGGCAAAGAUCAUCAGAGAGGAGGGACUGUUGGCGGUGUAUCGCAGCUGGUUUCCCGUCAUCUCCAGCCUCUGCUGUUCAAACUUCGUCUACUUCUACACCUUCAAUUCCUUGAAGGAAAUAUGGGUCAAACGCCAACCAUCCACCAACAGCAAGGACCUGGUGAUGGGUUUUAUCUCUGGAGUUGUCAACGUCUUUGUGACCACCCCCCUCUGGGUUGUGAACACUCGGCUCAAACUGCAGGGGGCAAAUCUCCAGAACGAGGACAUCCAUCAGACCAGCUACACAGGCAUUCUGGACGCCAUCACCCAGAUCGUGAGGAAAGAGGGGGUUCUGGCUCUGUGGAGCAGCACCUUCCCAUCGCUUCUCCUCGUCUUCAACCCAGCCAUCCAGUUCAUGUUCUACGAGGGCCUAAAGCGACACCUCUUGAGGGGACGGACUGAGCUUCCCUCACUUGAGGUCUUCAUCAUCGGAGCCAUCGCUAAGGCAAUCGCCACCACGGUAACCUACCCCCUACAGACAGUACAGUCCUUACUGCGGUUUGGCCAACAGAAGAAGGGCUUGGAGAGCAGGGUCCUGGGAAGCCUCCGAAGUGUCAUCUACAUCUUGAGUCAGAGAGUGAAGAGGCAGGGUUUCCUGGGCUUGUACAAGGGAUUGGAAGCCAAGCUUCUCCAGACAGUUCUCAGCUCCGCUCUGAUGUUCCUCAUCUACGAGAAGAUUGCAAGCUUCAUUUUCCAAAUCAUGGGAGUGAUCCCUCACGUGGCAGAUUAACAAAUGAAGGAACUACCUCGGGCGGCAUUGCCCACUUCACACACGACCCUGGAUGUGUCAUCGUUCACCCCCUCGGCCAACCCCCACCCCCUCCCCCUCCACCUUACAGUGGAAUCCAAAAACAGGCACUGUGCUCUAGGAGAACACGGUACAGGCUGUGCCGAUGAAGUCCUCAAUGCUAAUCCAAUUUAACUAGAAGCAGCUUUGAGUGGGAUUCAGAAAUGUCACUAGUUAUUAAAAUGAACUUUACCAAUGACACGUCUUCCCCUUCCUUGGACCUCCUUCGACAGUUCAAGUUGUGUGUGAGUUCCUUUCGCUGUUACUUUGAAUAUAGAGUAUUGAAACAGGCCAUUCGGCCCCACUGGCCGAUGCUGGUGUUUAUGGUCUACAUAAGCCACCUCCCACCCUGUCCUUCACACGCCAACAUGGGACAAAUUCAACCCGGCCACUUACUGCCCCAUCAGUCUACUCUCAAAUACCAGCAAAGCGAUGGAAGCAGUUGUCACAAGUGCUAUCAAGCAAUUUUGGCAACACCUUCCUUGAACAAAUCUGUUAGGAAGGGAGUUCCAGGAUUUUGACCCAGCAAUAGCAAAGAAAUGGAAAUAUAGUUCCAAGUCAGGGUGGUGUGUGGCUUGGAGGGAAACUCUGUGUACUGCCUACAAGAUACAUUGCAAUAACACACCAAGACUCUUUUGACAACACCUUCUAAACCCGCGACCUCUACCAUCUAGAAGGACAAGGGCAGCAGACACAUGGGAACACCACCACCUGCAAGUUCCCCUCCAAGUCACUCACCAUCCUGACUUGGAAAUAUAUCAA